AUGGCCAGCACGGCCCACAACGCCACCCGCAGCAGUCCUCGCCAGCAGGGCCCCCAGGGGGAAGGGGUGGAGGCUUACAGCGAUCCUCAGUCGGCACAAGAUUGGCGUAACGAAGAGCUGCAGGACAUGCAAAUGAAAUUGGAAUCAGCGAUGGAACGGCUUAAUAGAGAAUCGACCUUGGCAGACCAGCUGAGGGCAGCCUUGUCGAAUAAGGAAGGGGAGGCUGAGCAGCUGCAGCAGACGGUGAAGAUGCUCCAGGCGGAGAACAGCAGAUUGAAUAGCAGCUCAACUGAUGAUGACGAUGGGAGUGUUAAGAAGCUGAGGAAUAGGAUUGAAGAGCAAGAGGCUAAGAUAACUGCCUUACAAUCGGCACUGGAGGAAGCCCAUGCGGCUAAGGAAGUUUCGGUCAGUAGUGGUCAGCAGCAGGAAGAGUACCAGGGUCUUCGGGAGGAGCUGGGACGAUUGCAGGAGAGUGUGGAGAGAUACCAAGCUGAGCUGCAACGAAGGGAGGUGGAGAAUAAGGAGUUGCAAGGGGAGUUGGCAGAUGCCAAGCGAGCUGAUGAUGAACAACGCAGUGAAUUGAGCAGCCGAGUUGAAUCGGCGGAGAAGAUGGUAUCAGAGUUACGAGAAGAGUUGCAGAGAGCCCAUGAAGAUGAGGCGGCCACUGUUGGGAAGUAUGAGGCACGCAUUGAGGAGUUGGAGAGGGCCAACUCUCCCAAACGGGGGGAUGUGUCGUCGAUGGCUUCGAGUUACGAGGUUGUGGACUUGGACCCUAACACGAUGGAGCAUCCAGGUGACACACAACUAGAGGAGGCCGCCAGAAUGGCUGAGGAGGACAAUGUCAGUCGAGUGUUUGCUUCCUGGGACAUGGGUAGGUUUAGGCGGCUUUGA